CAAUUCAUUCGGUUACACUGUGCAUUUCUUAUCAGAACAAUUUUUUAACAAUAACUGACAACAAUAUUGAUUUUAUUUGAUUGAAUGACAAUUUAUUUGAAUUGUGACUUCAUUUGAAGGGUAUGUCUAAUUUGAAUCAUGUUCAACAAGUUCGUUUAUUGUAUAAAUCAAUAUUAAGGCUACAUCGUGGAUUACCACAAGAAUUAAAAGAACUUGGUCAAACAUAUGUGAAGGAUGAAUUUCGCAGGCAUAAAAAUUGUAACCCGGCUGAAGCACAUAUUUUUAUGUUGGAAUGGACUAAAUACACAUUGACAUUAUCUGAGCAACUUUUAAAAAAUGCGAAAUCUAAUGUUGGCUUUGGCAAGAAUCUAGAUGUACAGUCUGAAAUAUUGGAUUCAUUUACAGAUGAUCAGAUGCUACAACUUUAUGAAAUGCUUAAAGUAACUACUGGAGUUAAAGAUGAAAUAGUUGAAGCUGAACUUACUCAACAGGCUCAAAAUGAUACUUUUAAGAAAUAAUUGUUCUUCACUGGAUUUCAAUGAGUAAUAUAUUCACACCCUUAAGAAAUAUUAGUCAUAGAUGUGAAUAAAAAGUUUCUCAUUCUUACUGAAAAUAACCACUAUAAUUAGAUAUUAUGUUCAUAAAUUUAAAAUUUGGUUUAAUGAUUUAAAUUUAAUGUAACCUUAAGUAAAAGAACUGAUGUUAUAUGAAGACUGCCUACUGUUAAAGAUACAUAUAUAGAAUUAAAUUAUGGUGGUUAUUAAAUAAUAUUUUAAAUUGAAUAUAUUAAUAAAAAUGUAAAAUUUGAGAUAAAGAUUAAAUGUUAUUUUUAACAAUUUGGAAAUAUUCAUUAGACACUUAAUUAGUUUUUAAAUAUGAGCAAAUAUUAAGUUUGAAUUACUAUUUAUAUAUGCAAUCUGAACUGAAUAAAUAAUUCUUCAUAACUUCAUUAUAUUAUCAAAUAGAAAAUAAUUAAGUUAAGAAUUAAAAUUAAAUAUUUAUUCAUUUAUCUUAAUAAACAAAAUAUUGAUGUUUAUUUUUAUAAAUUGUAAAAUAUCAUUAUCUAGAUUACUUAUAAAUAUUUAUUUAAUUAAAAUGUUAUUUAAAUUAUUAGUUUGUAUACAGUUUUAUUUAUCAGAGUUAGGCUGUGAGCAUGUAUUUGACAACUAGAUAUAUCUAAUGAGCCACCACAUGUUGAGGCUUGAAAAUUUGGAAUUCACAUUUAUUUAGACCAAUCGAUGAGAAGCUUUUCUUAAACUCAAACCAAGCUUUUAUUAUUUUUUCUAACAACCGCAUUUGAUUUCUCUAAUUUAUAGUUUAAAUAUAAGUG